AUGGAAUCGAUCAAUUCCUUCAAGGGAUAUGGUAAAGUAGAUGAGGUCGAUCAGCAAGCCUUCCGGCGAAAGACACGUAAGCGUUGGAUCAUUGUCGUUGUCUCCUCCGUCGUUCUUUUAGCUGUGAUCAUUGGUGCUGUUGUAGGGGUUGUUGUGCACAACCGAAACAAUAACUCAUCAUCCAACCCCGUCCCUCCUUCUGAGUUAACUCCAGCCGCUUCACUCAAUGCGGUUUGCAGUGUCACUCAGUACCCAGCCUCAUGUUUCUCCAGCAUCUCUGCCCUUGAAACAGGUAACACCACAGACCCAGAAGUGCUUUUCAAGCUCUCUUUACAGGUUGCAAGGAACGAGCUCUCCAAGCUCAUAGGCUACCCUGAUAAGCUCAUUCAGAGCAUUGAUGAUGCUACACUUCAAGAUGCUUUGAAAGUCUGUGCAACCAUGUUUGAUGAUGCUGUAGAGAGACUCAAUGACUCUAUGGCAUCUAUGGCUAUUGGUGAAGGUGAAAAGAUUUUAUCAGCAGCUAAGAUGGAUGACUUGAAGACUUGGCUCAGUACUACAAUUACUGACCAAGAAACAUGUUUAGAUGCGUUGCAAGAGUUGAACACUACGAAGCAUUUUAACCAGACAAUUGUUGAUCAAGUGAAGGCAGCAAUGGAGAACUCUACUGAGUUUGUCAGCAAUAGUUUGGCCAUUGUUGCAAAAAUCCUGGGUUUGCUGUCUGAUUUCAAUAUCCCAAUUCAUAGAAGGUUACUUGGAUUUGAAAAUUCAGGGUUCCCACAUUGGGUUGGUUUGGGAGAUAGAAGGCUACUUCAGGAGUCUAAUCCGACGCCGGAUGUCACGGUGGCGAAAGACGGUAGCGGGGACUGCACGACCCUAAGAGAGGCAGUAGGAAAAAUUCCGAAGAAGAGUAAAUCAAGAUUCAUCAUAUAUGUGAAGGAAGGUGAAUAUGUGGAGAACGUGGUUUUGGACAAAAGCGCUUGGAAUGUGAUGAUUUAUGGUGAUGGGAAGGACAAGACUAUUGUUUCAGGGAGUCUGAAUUUUGUUGAUGGAACUCCUACCUUCUCUACCGCUACUUUCGGUCAGUCCUUUUUCUGGUUAAUUACUUUACCAAUUAUGAAUGCAUCCAUGAUUCAAAUUUCACAAUUGUUUUCCAGAUUUCUUUAUUUGUCUUUCUCAUCUCGCAUUGCAUAUCAUUGCCCAAAUUCGGGAAACUCUAUACUUAGACACAUGAAUUGA